AUGUUUAUUAUAAUCAGCUUUUAUCAUACAAAAGGAAAUGUUAUAAUUUAUGAUAAAAUUCCAAAUGAUCAUAAAAGAUAUGUGGUGGAUGAUGUAAGAAAGUAUUAUGAUGAAUUAAGUGAUAAAGAACGUGUUAUUUUAUAUGAAUUGGUUAUGACACAUAAUGGAAGUGAUGAAGAUGCUGUUAGAUUAAUGCAUGAAAAAUCACCAUCUCUUGGUAUUAAAACUGCUAAAUUUUAUGAGAAAUUUAAUCAAAAAAUAAAUUUAUUAUCAAAUGAAACAAGAACUUUUUUAAAUCAUAUAAGAUAUGAAGCAGGUUUACUUUUACCAAAUAAAGAGGAUUCAUUAAACGAGGAAAAAAUUGAGAAAUUUAUAAACUACUUUGUUAAAGAAUAUAGUAAACUUUCAUUAAAUGGAAAAGAAGAAUUAAAAAAAGAUUUCCCAGCUUUAGAUGUUAUUGCCAAGAAGCAUAAUCCAAAGGAUAUAACUAAUGUUUUUACGGAUGGAUAA